CACUUGUAACGCAUUUAGAUUCGGUAAAUAUGAGGCUAUUCGACGAUACUCGAUCAGUACACAGCGGGCUUGUUUACUCCAUAGUCAGCUACGAUGUGCACAAAACUCUCUUAAUAAGAGAAUUAGGGCUUCGUCACCCCACUGUGUAACAACACCGAUGAUGAACUGCUUGCCAACAAGAUUGGCUCAAUAUCGAUUAAAUAGUGCAGUACAAAGCAGGUUAAAUCCAGAUCUGUCGAUUCUACCAAAAGUAGCAACUGUAUCAACUGAACCAGCACCCUACUUGGAAUAUUCACGCCCAUUCUCGGAUAUGGUCAAUAUACAACCAACCAUUUUAGAGGCAAUACAAUCAGCAUUUGGUUUUGACUCCAUGUCUAAAGUACAGUUUAAUGUCCUUUCUAUCCUUCCUACAACGCAAGAUUUGCUCGUGAAGGCCAAAACUGGAACAGGAAAGACACUUGCUUUUCUGGUAGCGGCUUUAGAAUCGUUGAUGGCAGCAGACAUGGAGAUAAUGAAGCGCAUAAAGAUGAGUGGGCAAAUUGGAUGCCUGAUUGUGGCACCUACACGCGAGUUAGCUCUACAGAUCUCAGACGAGGCACAAAAGUUACUCGAACCUCUCGGUUACGGCGUGCAGCACCUCGUUGGUGGAGAGAGUAAAAGAAAACAGCUUGAUAGAAUUGCCAAAGAGCCUGUCGAAUUUAUUGUAGCAACUCCUGGGCGACUGAAUGACUUGUUGGACGAUAGAGAGUUUGCGGACAAAACUGUCGCCUGCAAAGUGCUCGUAUUAGACGAGGCAGACACGAUGCUAGAACUGGGCUUCCGCACUGAACUUGAUCGCAUCUUACGAGUCCUGCCUCAAGAGCGUCAAACACUCUUAUUUUCUGCGACCCUUGAUUCCAAGUUAGAUCCACUUAUGGAAAUAAUCCUGCAGCAGAAGACAAAGAAGCAACGACGACCGAUUAUGAUUGAUACUGUGGGUACCUCGGAAAUCAAUUUGAACCUCUCGACCCGCCAAAGAUAUUGUCUAGCACCAUAUCAGGCACACGUUGCUCUCGUACGUCGAGUCAUCAACGACUAUUUGCUUAGUGAUAUGGAUUUGAGGCACCAAGAGAGCUUGAAAACACCCACAACAUCAUCUAUGCAAGGUGUAAAGUCCAAGAAGGCCAGUAACAAAUAUACUUCACCUUCCACAUCUACACUCUUGCCAUUAACAUCGUCUUCCGCAUUGAGCAAUAAGAUCAUGGUCUUCUUACCGACAACGCGAGGGGCCCAGCUCUAUGCUAAGGUGUUUGCAGCCUUGUCUAUGGGCAAGGAGCUUUCGAUAUUUGAAAUUCACUCUGAAAAAAGUCAGCGUGAGAGAACUCUAACGAGUCGUAAUUUUAAGAAUAUUAAGACACCCGCAGUAUUGUUUACGUCUGACGUCUCUGCAAGAGGUGUAGAUUAUCCUGGCGUCGGAUUGAUCAUACAAGUAGGAGCGCCUCUUUCUAUCAACCACUAUAUCCACCGUAUAGGUAGGACGGGGCGCGGUGUAAAGAAUCAGAAUGAACAGUAUGGUGAAGGCGUGUUGAUCCUUGGGGAGUUGGAUCAAGGUUUCAUUGAGCACCAACUCAAGCCAUCGCCUCUUUAUGAGGCUGUAAAGCAGGAUCAUAAAUAUGAUGAUUGGCAGAGCGUGAUACGAGGCGAGAAUUUAGACCGUGGGUUCAAGAGAGCAGCCUCAAAAGUAGGUGAAAAGCUAAUCAAGGACGCCUACACAGCCUUUCUAGGAUACAAUUUGACAAUAGGCCCCAGGAUUGGAAAUACGGAUCGAAAGUUGAUCCUAGAAUCUGCAGAUAAAUAUAUUGCAGCCUUUGGUGUAGAAAGUCGGCCUGCAGUGUCUACAAGUUUUUUGGAAAGAAUGGGUUUCGCAAAUAGUUGUAAUCCUGUGGUGGGAGGCAGCGUUGAUAGUUCCCAACAGGGGCGUUCCUUUGAACUCGUCGAUGGGACAUUCCCCAUAGUGAACACACAGACGGUCGGAAAAUCCUGCAUAUCUUCCUCCACUUCUCCUAUAGAUCUAAGCGAAGACGGAGAGAAUGAAAGGAAUGAGAAGCAAAAAGUUGAGUCGCAAAGUAUCAUCGAAACGCGUUUUUCUAGGAAAAAACGUCAAGAAGCCUUCAUAGACAGAAUUGGCUUGGGGGACACAGAGUAUAUCAAGAUCAACGAAGCUGAGUGGGAAGAUUUUAUCGAGUUUAAGCCUAGUACAUCUAGGCUGAUCGAGAAGCUGCACAAUCCCAAGAGGAUGGGUCAUGUUGGAAAUCGGCCGAGCAAGAAGAUCUCAAAGAUCUUUAGCAACAAUGACGGGUGGUAAUGGCCCAGGUAUAAGGGAG